AUGUCAGAGACUCAGCUGGAAAAGUGCCUCGAAUGUGUUGUCAACAUUUUCCAUCAAUACUCGAGUCGAGUGGGUCAUUUUGAUGUGCUCAGCAAAGGGGAGCUGAGGAAGCUGAUUGAGCAGCAACUGCCCAACUUCUUGAAGAACAAGAAAGACCCUGCUUCUAUUGACCGCAUAUUUGAGGAGCUUGAUAAAGAUAAGGAUGAACAGGUCAGCUUUGAUGAAUUCAUCAGUUUCCUUUGCAGAGUUUUGAUAGCUACCCACGAAAACAUCCACCAGGGUCAAGGUGACAGCCCCUAA